CCACCGUUGCACCACUGAUGUAACUUUCAUUUCCUGGCUGGUGAAGGGUCACACACAUGAGUACAGAGUUUGUGUAGAGUCCACUUUACGGAGCCGAACCUUUACACGUCCACUGGAAUACAUUUUGAUGAUGUUGCGAACGCUUUGUCGGACCGGCGGCGCCCUUCUGCAGCAAACCCAGCGGGCUGCCCCGAGGUUGUGGGUCACACCAGCCCAGCAGCGAUGGGCGUCCAGCCUGCCCAUGAACACCGUGGUCCUGUUCGUGCCCCAGCAAGAAGCCUGGGUGGUGGAAAGAAUGGGUCGCUUUCACCGGAUCUUAGAGCCGGGUUUAAACUUCCUCAUACCUCUACUGGACCGAAUUCGCUACGUGCAGAGUCUCAAAGAGAUUGUCAUCAAUGUCCCGGAGCAGUCUGCAGUAUCUCUAGACAAUGUGACGCUACAGAUUGACGGAGUGCUUUACUUAAGGAUCCUCGACCCUCUCAAGGCCAGCUACGGCGUUGAGGAUCCAGAAUAUGCUGUCACGCAGUUGGCGCAGACCACCAUGCGGUCGGAGCUGGGCAAACUCACACUGGACAAAGUGUUCCGGGAAAGAGAGUCCCUCAACUCCAACAUCGUCCAAUCCAUCAACCAAGCGUCAGACGAGUGGGGGAUCCGUUGCCUCCGUUAUGAAAUCAAGGACAUCCACGUUCCACCUCGUGUCAAAGAGUCCAUGCAGAUGCAGGUGGAGGCCGAGCGGAAGAAGAGAGCCACGGUGCUGGAGUCUGAAGGGACGAGGGAGGCGGACAUUAACGUCGCAGAGGGUCACAAACAAGCUCAGAUUCUGGCCUCGGAGGGCCAGAAAGCGGAGCAGAUCAACAAAGCGUCCGGUGAGGCCCAAGCAAUCUUGGCCAAAGCAGAGGCAAAAGCGAAGGCUAUCCGUAUGCUGUCGGAUGCUCUGACUGAGCAGAAUGGAGACGCGGCAGCCUCGCUAAGUGUGGCCGAGCAGUACGUGUCCGCCUUCUCCAAGCUCGCUAAAGAGUCCAACACCAUCCUGCUGCCCUCCAGCACCGGGGACAUCAGCGGAAUGGUCACGCAGGCUAUGACCAUUUAUGGCACGUUGGCAAAGCCGAGCCUGAAAGCGGUGGCGGAGGAGAAGAGCAACAACUUUGGGAGCCAAUCGUCUCAGUAGCGGAGGACUCGGUGAAUGAACUCCAAACAGUAGAACGACACAGAAGCAGCAGCAGCAGCAGAAGAAGAAGAAGAAGUCUUUGGCUCCAAGGCGUCGCUGUGUGUGUGUGUGUGUGUGUGUAAAGUCUCACAUACCUUCUGCCGACAGGACAGAAGGAGAAGAAGCUGUCAACUUCAUAAACUUCUGGGAUCUUUUGCCCUGGGAGUGUUGGGAAAAACAUCACAUCUUUUGUAAGAGGAGUUUUAAUCUUCGCUGACUGUUCUUUAUGCUCAGUUAUUGUCAGAUUUGAGAAAUUGACACCAGGCUUCAGCCAAAUAUACUCGCACACCGGUGACUCUGGCAGGCUGACAAAAUGGAGAAAUUGAAUGCUAGAAAUUAUGCGAUUUACUAUAAUACGUUAAUUAUUUGUGGGUGAUUUAUUUCGUGCAUCAGAUCUGUUGAGGUAUGUAUUGUUGCACAGACCCUGGUUGAAUUCGAUGUAAAGGGUUAAAUGUUAAAAGGAGCAGUGUGUAGGAUUUAGUGACAUCUAGUGGUGAAGUUGCAGAUUGCAACUGAAUACCCCUCGGCCCACUCCCUUUCCAGGCGUGUCAGAACUACGGUGGCCCGCAGGUAACGUCAAAAAUGCAAAAAAGGCUCUCGCUAAAGCCAUUGUUUAGUUUGUCCGCUCCGGGCUACUGUAGAUACCCGGCAGCACAAGAUGGCGGACUCCGUUAAGAGGCCCCGCUCACUAUGUAGCUAUAAACGGCUCAUUAUAAGCUAACAAAAAAAAAAACACAGGUCAUCAUUUUACAUCAAUGAAAAACAUAGUUGUAAAUAUAUUCAAUUUCUGCCAAUAAAUCCUACACACUGUUGCUUUAAGUGUAACGUACGAUUGUGUUGAAUGCUUUUUUUUGCCUCUUGCGACCUGUAUUUUUAGGGCCGGCCCAGAUAACUGCAUUCAGGUUCUGUGGGUACAUUAGUAAUAGCAGGGUAAUUACAUGUUUAUAAAUGGCUUGUUUACAGACACCAGUGACUAUUCUUCUACUGUCUUCAGCAUCGUUGGGACCAGCUUCAGUCGCUACGUGUGAUGUCUGACUGGAUGCGUCUUAAUGAUGGGAAGUGUCCCAAAGUUUAGUUCAUUCACAAUUUGGCCGAUGUUGGAUUGAAUAUCUAACUGAUCACGUAUUAAAUUAAUAUUAUUUUCUAAUAUUCAACUUGUUUUUUUCUAGAUAACUAGCUGGUAUACAAGGACAGGCCUCGGAACAAACGUUCCGUUCCUCUUCACAUUUGUAUUCACCUCUUAUGUCUUAUUAUGGAAUAUAUUUAUUAAAUGCCAUGACUCUCUGCAAACACA